UCUUUUCUUUCUGUCACUUUGGUAGCGUUUGAGGUUAUGUUUGUUUACACACUGAAUUGUAUUCAUAGGUUUUAAUUAAACCUGGUUCCUGGUAUCAUUAUUUUAAUAGCUUCAGUAAAUAUACUAAAACAAGAAUGCUCGACAAAAUUCUAUACAACACUGUUCUCUCACAAACAUUGUCGCCCUGCGGCAAAUAUUUAGUUGCCGGUAAUAUUUACAGUCAGAUCGCUGUUUUUGAUUUGGAUCGAAUACUAAAUCCUGUUGUCGAGCUACUUACUUCUGACUACAAUAAGCCGAAAUACAUCCACACCCUAGAAUCUGGGCGACAAGUAUGCAGCCUGACGACUACCGAAAAGUUUUUAGUUGUUGGAACAGUAAAUGAGAUUUUUGGGUGGGACUGGAAGAAUGUGGCCAGUUCUAAGCUUAGCAAACCUUCUUGGGUGAUUAGGGUGCCUUCCCAGUCGUCAUCGCUGGAGCAGACUGAUGUGAAUAGUCUAUGGUUGUCGGGAGAUGAGGCUAAGCUGUAUGCAGGCUGUGGAGAUAAUAAUGUUUAUGUGUUUAAUAUGGAAGAUGGAAGAUUGCUGUCUACGUUGAAGGGACAUAGUGAUUUCAUACAUUCUAUUGAUGGAAAGAACCAGCAACUAAUAACCGCCAGUGAAGAUGGUACAGUAAUGUUAUGGGACAGGCGCACAUGCAGCAGCCACAACAAACUGGAGCCCCAUGCCAAUAGCAAAGUGAGCCGUCCUGACAUCGGCAAGUGGGUGGGCUCUGUUGCUCUGGGCGAUGAUUGGAUUGUUUGCGGCGGCGGCCCUCGCCUAUCCCUAUGGCACCUCCGUUCCCUGGAUGCUGUCACAGUCUUCGACAUUCCCGACCACGGUAUCCACGUAUCAUUUUUCCACGACGACUGUGUCUUCGCGGCAGGAGCGGCCAAACACCUCUACCAGCUCAGUUACUCUGGAGAAGUCAAGGUCGAACUACCAGUCUCAGCAACCACAGUGUACUCAGCGGUACUGAGUACAAGCCCUAACAAAGUCCUAGCCAUUGCCGGAUCUAGCCCUGAGAUAGAUCUAUGUACCACAUUCAACUAUAGAGAUCAGGUACUACACUUCCGAUAGGUAAGUUAGCUUAAGUAUUUUCUGUAAUAAGUACAUAUAAUUAAUAUUUUCUUAGACAAUAAAUAAAUGAAUGAUAUAA